GAAAGAAGGUCGCUGGGUGGGAGCCACCGCCUAUAUUUUGUUGUUGUGACACGAUCUGUAAGCUCCUAAAUCCUAGUUCUAGAUCCAGUCUUGAGAUACAAAAUGAACUUAGAUGAUGACGGUAAAGAAAGUCAAAACAAAAUACAUUCUGAAUUUGCUCGGAGUCAGUCUAAAAAUAGCAUGCAGGAACUACUUUAUCAGGCUAGUCUGCAAAAAUAUGAUGAAUUCUGUCAUGAAAUCUCCAUCACUAAUGAUAUCAAACAGAGAGGAAACCAUAUAGUUCAAGAGCUUCUGCGUCUUGGCAUCUUUGAUUCAGAACCUCAGAUUGAAGAAAAAAGCUUGUUUGCCAGUAUAAUAUACAUGGCUGUUGUUGAAUCAAGAUUGCCGUAUGGCCCCAUGGAUCCUCUACUGGAACACAGGAGCUUUGAGCCAUCAAUCACAGUCACCGACAUUCUUCAAAAGGCUAAUGUCAACAUAAAUACAUUGUUUAAAACUAUGGAUGUCAUCAAGAGAAAGAUGGUGGUGACGAAGUCAGUGGAAGAAAAUUUAAUGAAGCUGGAGAGGAAUUACCUUGUUGUAUCAGCAUUGUUUCAUACAUUCCAGGGACGUCUGUGCACAUCAGUCUUUAGAGAAGACAGCAUCAGAGGAGGGCUAGAGGAAACAUCCCUUCCCCCAAUACCCGUGACAGAGGGUGUUCCAUUCAGAAAGAAGCAGUGCUGGGUUCUUUAUUUAUUGGCCAAGGAACAUUUGCUUCCCACAACCCAGGAGCUUUUUCAACACUUUCAACUAUUGCUGUGUUGCUUAGAGUUUGUGUUGCGACAGACGCCAUCUUUCCUUCUUAAUUCUCCAUAUGAUGCAAUCAAGUUCAGCUACAGUCCUCAAGAACAGGGUGUGACCAUGCUUAAAAAGUUGGCUGAAGAAUUUGAUGUGACUGUAAAAGAGACUGUACAAUUACAUUUAGAAACCACAGAACCUUUUUUCCAAAAUUUACUGAAUGAGGAUGGAGAACUAGAGUCUGACCGCCUCCGGGAAAAAUACGAGAAUGCACUUCAGAAGGAGGGAGAUGUAAAUGAAUUGGAUUUCCUUAAAGGAGAAUCAUAUCUACGUCCAUUACAAGUCAACAAACAAGAGACUCAAGAACAAAAACAUUCCAGGCUAUCACCAGAGCUGAUGACUCCAGUCAGAUUGGCUGUUAGCACCAUUCAAAAUUUUCAACAAAAUUUUGCUGAUCUUUCUGAUGUGCCAAGUGAUAGAUUGAAGCAGUUUUUUAAGAGAUGUACUGUGGAUCCUAGUGAUGAAGUCAACAGAAUAAUGGCCAACCUUAAAGUAACUUUUGUCAAAGGCUACUCGGCAGUUUGUCCUUCUGCUGAUUCAAAAACAACCCUUGCUGAAUACAGGUUCAGCUUAGGAGCAAAAUUGUAUCUCAAAGUUCUUGAGACUAUCCUGCUGACAGAGUCUGAUCAUCUUGCUGCCAAUGUUUUAAGUACUUUGUUGAAUAAGGAAAGUUUCCACAAAUCUUUACUUGCUUGUGCACUGGAAGUUGUUUUAGCUACAUACAGCCAAACAUGGGCACAAGUGGGAGAAACUGCAUUUUCUUUUCCAUGGAUAUUAGAAAUAUUUUCACUCCAAGCCUAUGAGUUUUAUAAAGUGGUGGAGAGUUUUAUAAAAGCAGAGCCCAAGUUGCCAGUGGAUGUUGUGAAGCAUCUUCAUAAUAAUGAGAUCAGGAUUCUUGAAAGUCUAGCUUGGAAUGAGAAAUCUAUACUUUUUGACGCCUUUGGUUGUGACUGGGACCAUGGUCAAAGGACCCCACCUUCUGUCUCCCCAGUGAAAACAUCUGACCUCUCUUCACACCCACAAACUCUUCCUCUGCCAAAUAAAAGUGCUGUUGACUUGUUUUUAUCUCCUGGUCGACCAAGCUCAUCAAACAGUACAGGAUCCACCCCACCACCCCACACAGAAUCUUCACACUACCACACACUGCCUUCAAAGCUCAACACUCAACCAAAGUCUCAGUCUCUAGCACACUUCCUUAAGAGAGUUCUGCGACUAGGCUUUACCAGACAGACAAAGUUGUGUACAGAUCUGAGGAUAGCUAGUGAUUUACAACACAAAAUUUGGACUUGUUUUGAGCAUUGUGUGACCAAAAUGCCUGAACUCUUAAAAAACAGACACAUUGACCAGAUCAUUAUGUGUUGCAUCUAUGGUAUCUGCAAAGUUGCCGAGCAUGAAAUUAAAUUCAAGUCUAUAGUCAGUGAAUAUAAAAACAUGCCACAUGCCAGACCAGAGGUUUUUAAAGAUGUUUACAUCAGCCCAGACCAGACUGAAUCCAUCAUCAACUUUUACAACAGCGUCUUUGUCCAGACCAUCAAGAUGUACAUUUUACAAUUCUCACCCAACAGAGAAAGUCGGCCACAACUAUCUCCAAUGCCAAAACAGUCCCCAAGUUAUGUCAUACCAGGAAAAAAGAAUUUUCUGAUCUCGCCGCUGAAGGAAUCUGUGUUUAAAACUCCUUCCUCCCCUAGUCAGAUGACACCUUCCACUAGGUUGCUUUACAGCUUUGGGGACACAAUUGGAUCAUCAGAGAAAUUGAAAGAUAUCAAUGAAAGAGUUAAGAAAGGUUUUCCUGGUGCCUCUGCCAAGAAGCGUUUAAACAUGGAUGAAGUGUCACCGUCAUCAAAAGCAAAGAAAUCUCUUUUACAAUAAACGUAUUAAUCAAAGUUUGAAAGAAUAAAUUGAUGUUAGUCUUAGUGUAUUGAUGUUCAUUCAUUUAGAUCUUUCAGCAGUCUUAAGCUGUGCUUUAGUGGUAGAUAGAAGAAAUAAUUGUACAAAAGCUAUAGCAAUGUCCUUGAUUAUUUAUUUGUAGAUUGAUCAGUAUUGUAUCCAUCCUAAUGGUUCAAUUUGCAGCGAUUUUUAAAAGUUUUUAUGUUUAAGUGCACUCAAGUACUUAGUGGAUUGUAUAUGAUUUCCCCUUUGUGUAUACUGAAUAUAGUUUUUAAAAUAUGAUUUAUUUUGUGUAUUAUCUUGGAAGAAACUUUUUGUUUUAUGCAUUUAUCUUAUCCAUUUAUAGAAACAUUUUAGAAAAGAUCUCAAAGCAGAAGUGUAUGACAGAAAGAUCAUACUUUAUUGUAGUUUUAAUGACUUAAACAUGAUUUUUCAAGGAAAUCUUGUUCAUGGGAGAGAAAUGUGUUUAUUACACAUUUUAAUAUAAAUGUAACUAGUGGCUACUGUUAAACUUUUAAAAGAUUAAGUUCUAUCAAUAAUCAAAAUUAAAUGUUGAUUGCUUUUAUUGAGUUAUAUACAUACAUUUUAUAUCGGGUACAUUCAUUUUUUUUGUUUUAGACUAUUUUUCCCUAAGGUCAGUAAAAUUAAUUUAUAUUAAUUAUUGAAGUGCAAGCCCAGUUGUCUGAUUUAUUUAAAAUUUAACAUCUGUAUAAAUAUUUUUUAAUUUGUAAUGCAAUUUUUAAAAUUUAUGCAAGCGACAACCACAAAAUGCGAAGUAAAUGAAGCUUGUUGCCAUUAUGUUACAUGCAAGUGCCUACAAAGUGAAAAGAAUUUUCUUUAUUAAAAAUAUUUUUUGGUGUAUUCAGUUUUGUUCUAAUCCUAUUUAUUGUAUAUUAAUUUUCAAUCUUUCCUGUACAAUUUGAAAAAACAAUUACCUAAAUAUUUUUUACAGUUUGUGCCUGGUUUUGUAGCAUUUUUUAAAUAUAUUAUGCAUACAAAGAAAGAAACACUAGACAAACUUUCCCUGUUCAAAGCAAAAUCUUGCAGUAUACAUUUAAUAAUGUGUUCAUGUCUUGCACCUAAAAAGAAAAUUUUAAAGCUACCAAACCAUGUGAAUACUUUCUAUUUGAAUAGUUAAGUAAUAGUUUAACGGUGAUUUUUAAUGACAAAUCAUGUUCAUUUGUUAUUAAACUCAUUCACUGUGUUACAGAUACACAUUUCCAAAAUAUUUGAAUAAGAUUUUUAGUUGUACCAAACAAUAUUUAAUUUAAAAAGAAAUAUUUUCUCUUCUUUUUGAUAAGUUUUUUGUUACCAUGUCAAGUCUGAAGGGAAAUAUUUAACUGUAAAAUUCCCACUAUUAUAUUUAAUGUCAUACAUUGGCACUAACUGGUUAUUGACACAUUUUCUCGUUUGGAUCUCAAAUCUCAUACUUAACUCAAUUAAGUUAAUAUUUUUUGUAUAGUGUAGUAAUUAUUGUUAGCGUCAAUGUUCUGUUUUUUUGAAAUGUUGACUUUGUCUAGUAAAGGCAGUAUUUAGGAAAGAACAGCUCUUUUUUCCCCCCUCCAUCAUUUCAGUUACAUUCACAUCACACCACUAGUCACCUUUAAGCUGGUUUCCGUACCUACUUGGCAGCAAUUUUAGCAUUUUCAGCUAUGCAAUCACUUUCUCCAGAUCAACUUAUAUUCUUGUAUCUUUAAGUUUUUAAAAAUGUCCUUGCAUUUUAACAAAUUUUUUUAUAUAUCACACUGUUAGUAUUUGACUUAAAAUAGUGCAGGUAGUUUUCUUUUAAAAGUAUAAAUUGUUUAUUCUACAGCUUUUUAUGUAAAAAUUGUACAUUAUCAAAAGGAUUGUACAUUUCAAAUAUAGAUAUUUGAUUGAAACAACUUUGAUGUAUUUUUUUCACCUUUUGUCAAAAUGUCAAAUUUUUAAAAUGUUAAACAAAUAGUUAACAAGCUAGGUCUAUGGCAGCUAUUCAAAUGAAUUUUAAUUUUUAAAAUGGUAUUUGAAAGUACAACGAAUUCAGUUUACACACUAGUUUUAUAAUACAAAUUCAACAGUUUAUAAAAAAAUUGUAACUUUAACUAGUUUUUUUAAGUUUGCAAAAAAAAAAAUCCAUUGUGGAAAAUAUGUAACAGUAUUCAUAUCUCUAUAUUGUACUUCAGAUUAUAAAAUUAGGUUUGUAUAAGUACAUUUUAAUAAUUGUGUGCCAUAAUAAAUAAUUUAUUUUAAAAGAUGUAUACAUUUGUGUGUAUAAUUGACCAGCUUAACCAUUUGCAAGUAUAAUACAUUAUUAUUUUUAAAUGUUAUGGAAAAAAAAAUUGUCGUUAUUGUUUUUGGAGUUUUAAAAAAUACUGUAUUACAUUGAAAAGCUGAGGUCUUAAGAAAAACAUAAGGAGCUAUAUCAUCCAGUCGGGAAAUAACAACUAAAGUGACUGUGAUUCAGGCACCGGUAAUUUUACAUUUUAGAGUAGCAAUCGACAGUUUAUAACUACAUCAAUCUGCUGAAUUUUUAGUGUCAUGUGAUGUAUUUUUAACUUUUUCAAUGUGUAUUUUACUUGUAUGUGCUGAAGUAAAAUAAAAGUAUUUGUUCCAUCAUA